UGGCUGAGGUCUGGGUUCGCCUACAGAAGCGGCGAUGCUCGCUGAGGCACUUCGGCAGCGCGAGCAGCUGGCAGCCUGCAGCAGAAGGUCUCUGCUCCCUCGUUCUUCUGGCAGUUGGGCUCGGUUCACAGCAGCAGGCUGGAGGGAGGUCUGGGAUCCGGGCUGCUGAGGAAGCUUUCCUCCAGGAAGUCUCACCGGCGGAACCACAGCCCCCAGCCUCCAGAGGCCAAUGAGAUGGGGGGAAAUGGAGACGACGGCGGCGCAGGGCGGCUGAGCCGCAGACUGUCUCGUCUGAGCAGCAGGCAUCAGUCCAGGGACCCCCCGAGACCCCCGGCCCCGCAGGAAAGACCCCCUGCUCCUGCUGCUCAGCAAGAUGACAGGGCGCCUCCUGCAGCCGUGGCUCCUCCUCCUCCUCCUCCUGCCGCCGCCGCCGCCGCUGCUGCUCCUCCUCCUGCUCCUCUACACCUGUUCAUGGUUUCGCCGCCGAAACGCCCCGACAAAGCGACCAAGCCCAGACUUCCCCCGCGGCCCCUGUCCAGAGUGUUCAGCAGCACCAGUCACGGAGCCAACGUGUUACAAGGCUUUGACUCUUUCCGGAUGGAUGAGACUCUGUGCGACGUGAUGCUGGUCCCUGGAGACAGCAAGGAGGCGUUCCCGGUCCACAGAGUCCUCAUGGCCUCGUCCAGCGACUACUUCAAGGCCAUGUUCACUGGAGGCAUGAGGGAGCAGGAGAUGAGGGAGAUCAAGCUGCACGGCGUCACCAAGGCGGGUCUGAAGAGCGUCAUCGACUUCAUCUACACCUCCAGGGUCAGCCUGGACAUGGGGAACCUGCAGGACACGCUGGAGGCCGCCAACUUCCUGCAAGUCAUGCCGGUCCUCAACUUCUGCAACCAGCUCCUGAGCAGCGAGCUGACCAUAGAUAACUGCGUGGAAAUCGAGCGCAUCGCCGCCGACUUGCUGCUUGAGGAUGUGCAGCAGAACAUCGGUGAGUUUGUGUGCCGGAACCUGUCGGACCUGGUCCAGAGCGGCCGCUUCCUGCAGCUGUCGCAGAGCAGCCUGGCCUUCGCCCUGUCCAGCAACUCCCUGCAGGGCUUCUCGGAGCUGGAGCUCUACCACAUCGCCCGGGAGUGGCUGGACUUCGACCCCUCCACGCGCAGCGCCUCCGUCUACGCCCUCAUGCGCCACGUGCGCUUCCCGCUCAUGAGCCCCGGCGAGCUGAUCCAGAUCUCGCAGGAGGACGAGGAGAGGGGCGACUCCAUGAUGCGCUCCGACACGUCCUGCGUCAACCUGCUGCUGGAGGCCAGCAACUACCAGAUGAUGCCCUUCCUGCAGCCGGGCCUGCAGACGGAGCGCACGCGCAUCCGCUCCGACGCCACGCACAUCCUGGCGCUGGGCGGCGUGAUGCGGCAGCAGCUGGUGGUCAGCCGCGAGCUGCGGCUGUACGAGCAGGAGACGGGCCUCUGGAGGGCGCUCAAGCCCAUGGACGUGCCGCGCUACCAGCACGGCGUGGCGCUGCUGGGGGGCUUCCUCUUCAUCGUCGGAGGUCAGAGCACCUACGACACCAAAGGGAAGACGGCCAUCGACAGCGCCUACCGCUACGACCCGCGGUUCGACAAGUGGCUCCAGAUCGCCUCGCUCAACGAGAAGAGGACGUUUUUCCACCUCAGCGCUCUGAAGGGGAAACUCUUCGCUGUGGGAGGACGAAACGUCUCCGGAGAAAUCGACUCAGUGGAGUGUUACAACCUGAGGACCAACGAGUGGACGUUUGUGGAGCCGAUGGUGGAGCCGCACUACGGACACGCCGGGACGGUUCAUGGAGACCUGCUGUACAUCUCAGGCGGAAUCACCCGCGACACCUUCCAGAGGGAGCUGUGGUGCUACGACCCGGCGGGCGACGCGUGGAGCCGGCGCGCCGACAUGAUGGAGCUGCGGGGGCUGCACUGCAUGUGCACGGUGGGCGACCGGCUCUACGUCAUGGGCGGGAACCACUUCCGCGGCAGCAGCGACUACAACGACGUGCUGGGCUGCGAGUUCUACAGCCCGGCGGCCGACCAGUGGACGGCGGUGGCGCCGAUGCCGCGCGGCCAGAGCGACGUGGGCGUGACGGUGUUCGGCGGCCACGUGUACGUGGUGGGCGGCUACUCCUGGAACACGCGCUGCAUGGUGGACAUCGUGCAGCGCUACGACCCCGAGCGCGACCUGUGGGAGCGGGUGUUCGACGUGCUGGAGCCCCUGGGCGGCAUCCGGGCGUGCACCAUGACCGUGCACCUGCCGGAGGGCUCGGUGGACGAGGCGCAGAUCCCCGAGGGCCCGCUCCCCACGGCCAAGAGCUGACGGCCGCCGGUGGGGGGGGGGGGGGGGGGGGUUCCUGCUGAGGUAGCAUCAAACAAUGGUUCUGAGGUUUGGGGGGGGAAAAAAACAGCACAACCAAACGGCGAGACGAGCGCAGUCUGACUUUUUCAGGUCACUUCCUGUUCUCUCAUCUGCUCGGCGCUCUGCAGGCGACCUUCACGGCUCAAACCUCCCAGCUGAGACUUUUCUGUUUGUCACGUCAGAAACGAGCUGCAUCGUCAAUUAGCUGCUUACAUGAAGAUGUUUUGGAGCGAGACGCAGGGUCCAGCUAGUCUGUCCUCACCAGCAAACUGUAUAGUUUUUGUGGAGUUUUGUCGUCUUGCCCAUGUGUGUGGUUUAAAACAGCGCCCACUAGUGGCUCUGACAUCGUUUUCAUCACCCUGCUGUACAAACCAGCUGCCAAAACAUCCCGUGUUCUUCCUCGAGUUUGUCUUUGUGUUUUUGGAUCUCAGGUUUCUGGACUUGUCGUCAGGAUUAAAGCUUUUCUCAGCUGUUUCAAAUAGAAACGCCGUCGUUCCAUCGUAGCGUUGAAGCUCCUGAAGAUGGUCGGUUAAAAAUACUGUUUGAAUAUGUUACUGAGUUGUUCGGGUUUUUCACUGACUCGGUGAAUCGGGAAGGCGGAGCUCCACCUCCACAGGAAGCGGUUUGUUUCCCUGCCUGACAUUUUGCAUAAUGUGGGACCUUUAAACUCAAUAAACAGUUAAAACUCUGUUUAGUGUGUAAGAGUCAGCUCCCGGGUUUACCGCUGAUCCCCGACCCUGAAACUGGUUUCAGUCUGUAAAAUAAUGAUAUCAAAAGAGCAGAACAAGUCGUUUCUUUGUUUCCUGAUUCAGAAUCUCAGACCUGAAGCCAAUGAAGCGGAUCAUCUGUAACGUGGGAUGAAAUCUGCGGUGAAGAAGCCGCCGUGUGGCUUUUAUUCAUGAAGGGUUUGGAAAGUUCUGCACUCCAGAGUCAUGAGAUUAAACCACCAGGCCUCUUUUUUUUUGAUCUGGCGAAGGAAUUUUAAUGCAGCUGUAGUAAUAAUGUGAUUUUAUUAUAAAAACAUCUAUGUUAGCUGCAUCACUUUCAGUUUUCCUGCCAUCGUCGUGUAAACGGGACGUCACUGUGAAACCAGCUCAUAAAUUAUCCUAAAAUCUAAAAAGGAAAAAAGACUCUUUUUUUUUCCAUAUUUUGAGUCGACGGGUGUCCGAGGUUCAGUGUCUGAGGGCAGAUUUUCACUCAGCUGUUCUUACUGACUUAUUUUAAAUAACCAGGUCGUUUUCCAUCGAGUUGUUGCCUGAAUAGAUUCUUCCGCUUUCUGGACAUGAUUUCUUACAUCUUAACAAAAAUGCAUCACAGAAAAAGAACAAAAAAAAAAAUUCUAUAAUUUGCAGUCGUGUAUAAUAUGCAUUUAUUUUUAAAUGCCUGGGUGUGUCUACUGCUUCAUUUUUAAGACUUUUUUUUUUUUUUUUUAGUAGAGAAGCUUUUUAUUUUUGCAUCAUGUAGCGUCAUAUUUUGAUAUAUAAUUUAAUUCCUAAUAUAAAUUGUAUCAUGAAAAGUGUGAUUGAGCAUUCGUGUUUUGCACCAGCAGAUAUUAAAAUCCGUUUUUCUGUU